AUGCGAUUAGGACUCCUCCUGCUCUCGACCCCCCGAGUCCGUUUUUCUUUCUUGUGCAACAAACAUGCCUUCAGAUCAGAUCCAUCCUCGGUAGUCCUAACCAAUACCGUAUUCUCCAACAAGUCGUAUCGGUCGUGCUAUAUAGAAGAACCUACUCUGCUGCUCGUAUCUCCAAAUAAAUCCCGGGGAAGCUUUCGUUCCACCACAGGGCAUCCAAUCUCCAGAUAGGGUUUUACACAGCGGGUGCCAUGACGGGGUCUCUUUUGGAGAGAGAUCCAUGCCCGGACCGCAUCCUUGAUGAUGCUGGCGGGGCUUUCGGCAUGGGUCUUGUAGGCGGUUCUGCCUUCCACUUCCUCAAGGGCCUCUACAACUCGCCCAAUGGCGCACGGAUUGUUGGCGGUAUGCAGGCCGCGCGCAUGAACGCCCCACGACUCGGCGGGAGCUUCGCCGUCUGGGGCACCCUCUUCUCCACCUUCGACUGCACCGCGGUCUACGUGCGCCAAAAGGAGGACCCCUGGAACUCCAUCAUUGCUGGUGCCUCAACUAGCGGGCUCCUUUCAUUGCGCAAGGGCCUCAGAUCCACUGUUGGAGGUGCCAUCGUUGGCGCUGCCUUCCUCGCAGGUAUUGAGGGCGCUGGCAUCGUAAUCAACACCUUCCUUGCCAAGCAGCAGAACACCCCACCGCUCCCUGCCGACGACCCCAGUGUUACCAUUGCCACAUGCCUACCUCAGGCGCAUGUGUCCUAUACUGACCUCUCAAGCUCGACAAGCAGCUUCCCAGGCCUUCCGCAACUACCCGUGUACCCUACUGAGGUUGCAAGCUCAAGUGUUAGCGGUAGCUGGUUUGGCAGUCUAUUUGGUAAGGAGGAGAAGAAAAAGGCUAGUAGCAGUAGGGGCACAUCGGAGAUAUUGGAGAGCUUUGAGACACCCUGCCCUCCAAUACCAUCGUUCGACUACAAGUGAAAAAGGUGUGGGUUUUUUUAGUUCCAAUCUGAAUGAUAAUUUUGAGAAAAGUGCUAUUUUAGGAUUCCACAAAGACUUGGAUUUCCUAUUACCCAGUUCAUGGACAUAGGGAUUUCUCCGCGUGUGCUGUUAAUUUCUCUUCUAUUUGGCAUUCCUUGAUAAAAUGUGGUUUCUUUUCUGUUUGGUGAUGUAAAGGAUCAAAAUAUAGUCGUUGGUGUGACCACAUAAGAGUAUUUAGGCUUUCAUAUUUUCUCCUAGUAUAUGGAUGAUAUUGUUUGGACAAUGUGUCUAGUGGAUGAGAAUUGUGCCGUCGUUAAUUUAUUUUAUGCCACUUCAGUUUUAUUUGUAUCGUAUUUUACAAAGUUCUUAUUUAUCUUGAAGCUGAGUGUGUCAGAACAUCCCAAUUUUGACUAGUUCUGCAUGGAUCAUUAUGUUUAUAACCUACAAUAGCUGCAACUGUUGACAUAUUCUGCUUCUGUUAAUCGAGUCUAAAUACUUGUAUAAAAGUUCUAAGGUUGCAUUAUCGGCUAGAAAAGCUGAUGCUUGUAGGUUCAGACCAUGCAUUUGAUCGCAUAAUGAUCUAUGACUUCAGUGUAUUACUUUGGACUUCUUAGUGACGAGUAAUUUUUGGGUUGUCCAUUUAUAAGCUGGUUGUUCAAGUGGCCAAGGAAACAUAACACAAAAUCAAGCAUUUGCAAAUAUCAAAGUUAUUUUAUACAUUGUUGUGCUCUUUAUGGACAUGGUCAUAAUUUUGUCAAAGAAUAUUUGGCCUGGUUUUCUUUUAUCACCUAAUAAGAUGGUAAUAAUUUUGUGAAGAAUAUUUAUGUCGUGGUUUCAUUAGAACAUGGGAAACAUUAUUUUGUAGUCCUGGGCUGCAUUGCCCUAUAAUUAGUUGAAUUGUCAGGUAAUGAGUUCUGACAUACCUGGUAAGGUUCAUGGAGUCGUUUUAACCAUGAAAAUAUCUUGCUCUGCAUUCCAACCUUUUAUAUGAUCUCUGGGAUUGAUUACUCCACUCUUUAACAACUGAAAUAAUCUGUCCAGGACAUGCCCCUUGGCUGCCUAAUAGAA